AUGGCCGUCCACGACUACUCCGGCGUCAUCUCAAACGUGAAUUCACCUUCGGCCGACACCAUGUCAAGCGACCGGACGUGCCUCAUCAGCGGAUGCAACGACGUGGUUUUGCACAACUCGUGGCGUUGUAAGCUCCACCGCCAUCGCGGCAUGUGCAUCAUCGACAACUGCACCAAUCAAGCGUACGCGAGACAGUUGUGUUGCCGACACGGCGCCAAGAAGGAAUGCGCCGUCGACGGAUGCAACCUGCGAGCCCGUCUCGACAACGUAUGCUACAAGCACGGCGCGACCAAGAAACUUUGCACCGAGGUGGGGUGUACUCAGCCCGCGCAAGCCCGACAGCGCUGCGUCAAGCACGGAGGCGGACGGCAGUGCAAGCGACCUGGCUGCACAGCCCACGCCAGAACAGGGGGGUUCUGCCAGCGCCAUCGCACCUCCUCCGACGUGCCUACCCCUCUACAGCUCCUCCCAACUGUGACUGCUUCGAAAGGAGGGAUCAACAUGACAACGUUAUGGGGGGACACGGCAACGUUGCUGGCCGUAAAAGCCACGUCUCCCCCGACUCACAACCGGUGCUUCUCCAUGGAUUCGGCCACCGACGUCUCGCAAGUGAAUCAUACGUAUGCCCCUCCACACCAACCAUCUAUGAUGCACCUCAUCCAGGAAAUGAACCAUCACACGGUUGCCCCGUUGCAGCAGCAGCGGUGGGACCCACUGCAUUACCAUCACGACACGAGCAUGUUGCGGGGGAUUUUUGAACUCAUGGACGACCUAUGA